AUAAACAAAACCAAGCAUUACCAAAAAGCGUAGCGAUAGUUUUCAUACUUUGUUUCCCGUUCCUUCGGUUAAAACGUUAAAAAAGUGAAACGUAAAAAAGUUAGAACGUAUGUGGAAUUUGUUGUGCAAUGCAUAAGUUAUACCGACACUUUUGUUUGGUCAAAUCGAUCAAUGCUGCAAUGAAACCACUCAAAUAUAGCUCGUUACGAAAUAAGCAAUCGUAGUAGCUUUAAGCAUUUAAGGGCAAUUUGAAGUAGAACGUGAUUUCCUUCGUGUGGAGGUGGUGGAAAAAUGGAGUAUGAUUCUUUCGUGAAAAACCUGGCCAAAGACAGCCCCCACAGCGCCAGGUGUCUUCCAGAAACGCGCUACAGUCACGAAUUUGAACAGCGAAUGGAAGCUUUAGUUUUGAACUUUGAUAUCGAAGGCACAAGCUCAUCAGGCCAGGACAUGGAGCACUACUGUAACGCCAGUGCCAAUGAGGCUCAGUGGGUGUCCUCCUUCGACAUACCCACCGGCUGCGAUUCCCAAGAUGGAAUGCUGUAUGAAGGUGAAUCAUUGAUUGAACCAAAGUUAGGCGAAAUAUUGGAUAGCCAGUAUCUUUCGGAUUCCUUAAGCGGCAUCGAACAAUGUUUAAAGGUUGAUGAAAUGAUUAUCGGAGAAGAGUAUCCAAGAAAACUACGCGAGGAAAACAAGGAUGUUGAAAGUUCCAUUCUGAAUAAAUCUUUGUAUGAUACAGGCCUUACGAUCCCUGCAAAGCGGACAUACGAUCAAACAAAUGAAGCAGUAGAUGAUAUACGCAUCAUAGAUGCCUCAUUGUCUAAAUCAAUGAAAAUGAUUGCCACUAGCACCUUAAACGAUCAUGAUUUCGGACAAUCACAAAACAUACAAGAAUACGGCGAACUGCGGCUGCCGAGACAAUAG